GAUGAAGCUCUGUUUUGUUUAUAUUUUCCUUUUUUUAGCUUUUUUUUUAAAAUCUUUUUUUCUUUUUGGAAGUGUUGAUCUUUCUGUAAUUUUGGGGUUUAGAAUUAUGAUAUUGUCAGAGCCAUUUCAGAGGGUUAGGAGGUGUUAAAGUGUUAGUUUUGUUGUUAGCCUCCAUCACCUGUGUUAUAUACCGCCAUUUCUCCCUCCAAUUUUCCUUCCAUCACAAUUUCAACACCGCUUACCUUUUCAUUUUAACAAUUGAUCGCCGUCUUUCUCCUUACAGUUGGGUUGUUGAUUUCUUUGGAUUUUCAGCUUUUGGGUUUUCAUUUCCUUAUUUCUUCUUCAAUCACACCUUUAAAACCAAUCAUCAAUAAAAACACAACAAAUCUACAGUUUAUUUCUAGGUUUUAUACAACUCUAGUUUAGUAUAAUUUUUUUUUUGUCUGACAUGGAUAAGAAGAGAGUGGCUAUUCCUCUCGUUUGCCAUGGUCAUUCUCGACCGAUUGUCGAUCUAUUUUCUAGCCUUGUUACGCCCGAUGGAUUCUUCCUCGUCAGUGCCAGCAAGGAUUCCAAUCCCAUGCUUAGAAAUGGUGAAAAUGGUGAUUGGAUUGGUACAUUUGAAGGUCACAAAGGCGCAGUUUGGAGUUGUUGUCUGGAUACCAAUGCUUUACGUGCUGCUACUGGUUCUGCUAAUUUUUCAGCGAAAGUAUAGGAUGCAUUAACCUGGAGGUGUAGUGCACUCAUUCGAGCAGAAGCAUUUUGAUUGUGCCUUUGCUUUUUCAGAGAUUUUCCAAUUCUUCAAACACUCACAAAGCUCGCACAUGCUUCCUUUAUCAAUCAUUCGAAGAGUCCAGUUUAUAUCCCGUCAUUUUUCUUCAAGCCCCCAUUUAGUUCCAGUUCUGCUUCGAAUCUCCAAACUAACAAAGAAAUCAUGCAUCGAGUGUCUUCGGAACUGCAAGUCCAUGGAUCAACUCAAACAAAUUCAGAGUCAGAUCUUUCGAAUUGGUCUUGAAGGAGACAGGGACACAAUAAACAAAUUGAUGGCAUUCUGUGCAGACUCAUCUCUUGGCAACUUGCGCUAUGCAGAGAAGAUAUUCAAUUAUGUUCAAGACCCAUCUCUGUUUGUUUAUAAUGUGAUGGUUAAAAUGUAUGCCAAAAGGGGUAUUCUCAGAAAAGUCCUUUUGCUCUUUCAACAGUUGAGGGAAGAUGGAUUGUGGCCUGAUGGUUUUACUUACCCAUUUGUUCUGAAAGCUAUUGGUUGCUUACGGGACGUGAGGCAAGGUGAAAAGGUUCGUGGCUUUAUAGUGAAGACAGGAAUGGAUUUGGAUAAUUAUGUCUAUAAUUCACUUAUAGAUAUGUAUUAUGAAUUAAGCAAUGUUGAGAAUGCUAAGAAGUUAUUUGAUGAAAUGACGACUAGAGAUUCGGUUUCUUGGAAUGUUAUGAUUUCUGGGUAUGUUAGGUGUCGUAGAUUUGAGGAUGCUAUCAAUACAUUUAGGGAAAUGCAGCAAGAGGGCAAUGAGAAACCUGAUGAAGCUACUGUAGUUAGCACUCUUUCUGCUUGUACAGCACUGAAAAAUCUGGAGCUUGGAGAUGAAAUUCACAACUAUGUUAGAAAGGAGCUUGGUUUUACCACUCGAAUCGACAAUGCCUUAUUAGAUAUGUAUGCAAAAUGUGGUUGUCUAAAUAUUGCCCGCAACAUAUUUGAUGAAAUGUCUAUGAAAAAUGUAAUUUGUUGGACUAGCAUGAUCUCUGGCUAUAUAAACUGUGGUGAUUUAAGAGAGGCUAGAGACUUGUUUGACAAAAGUCCAGUUAGAGAUGUUGUUUUGUGGACAGCUAUGAUAAAUGGGUAUGUGCAGUUCCACCAUUUUGAUGAUGCUGUGGCUCUGUUUCGCGAAAUGCAAAUUCAAAGGGUAAAACCUGAUAAGUUCACAGUGGUCACUCUCCUCACAGGUUGCGCGCAGUUGGGAGCUCUAGAACAAGGGAAAUGGAUUCAUGGAUACCUAGAUGAAAACAGAAUAACAAUGGAUGUGGUUGUUGGUACUGCACUCAUUGAAAUGUAUUCCAAAUGUGGUUGUGUAGAUAAAUCAUUAGAAAUUUUCUAUGAGUUAGAAGACAAGGACACGGCAUCUUGGACCUCAAUUAUAUGCGGUCUUGCAAUGAAUGGUAAGACGAGUGAAGCACUCCGGCUGUUCUCAGAAAUGGAACGUGUGGGGGCUAAACCUGAUGAUAUCACCUUCAUUGGAGUUUUAAGUGCCUGUAGUCAUGGUGGGCUGGUUGAGGAAGGGCGUAGGUUUUUCAACUCGAUGAAAAAGGUUCACCGAAUUGAGCCGAAGGUAGAGCAUUAUGGGUGUGUAAUUGACCUUCUUGGUAGAGCUGGGUUAUUGGAUGAAGCAGAGGAACUCAUACAAGAGAUUCCGAUUGAAAAUUGCGAAAUUGUGGUUCCUCUGUAUGGUGCUUUGCUCAGUGCUUGUAGAAUCCACAAUAAUGUUGACAUGGGUGAAAGGCUGGCCAAAAAACUGGAGAACAUUGAAUCAUGUGAUUCUAGCAUUCACACACUUCUUGCGAAUAUAUAUGCUUCUGUCGAUAGGUGGGAAGAUGCAAAGAAAGUGAGAAGGAAAAUGAAAGAACUUGGAGUGAAGAAGAUGCCUGGGUGUAGCUUGAUCGAAGUUGAUGGCAUUGUUCACGAGUUUCUUGUCGGGGAUCCAUCUCAUCCAGAAAUGAUGGAGAUAUGUUCCAUGUUGAAUAGAGUGACUGGACAGUUACUAGGAUUAAAGGAAUCUCAGGUUGAAAGUGUGAUGCCACUCUACAAGGACACUCAACACUGCAAUUUUGUAGAAUCUUAAGUGAUUUGCUGUGUAGGAAGAAAGGCGUUUAACAAUAUCAGAAGUGAUGGUCAAAUUAGAACACAAACUGGAAAUACAAUUUCUUGAUUUUUUUAGGAAAGUUAUUUCAAAUGACAAAGCUAUUUAUGUCUUUCUGGAUCAUGAUAAAA